AUGAAUAAACAACUAAACAAAAACCUAAAAAACAUAUACAACAACACAAACAAAAAAAUACAAACAAUAAAUAACAUACUAGAAAUCGACAGAUGUAUAGACAACACUCUUUGGUUCUUCUCUAUACAAUUAUGUAUUCAACUCUUCCAAGAAGAUGACCACAAAAAUUUAAACCUACACCUAAGAGGGAGAUUAGAUAUAUACCAAAAAAUAAAAACAACUGUAACAGACAUUUAUACGUUCCUAAAAUAUUUAACCAUAUACUUAAUACAAAAAUACUACUACAAGACAUCAGAAGUAGAAUUUAUAAAAACAAUGUUAUAUGGUAAAUGGGAAGAACGUAGGGACAUGUUUGAGUUCUUUUCAACUUUAAACAGAUACAUAAGACCCAACAACGCACCUAAACCGUCAAGAUGGUGGAUAGACAUUUAUAUAAUAACAUUAUUUUGGAUACUACACAUUCCGACCGCAAUCCUUUAUAUGCUUAUGUAA